UUUUCCUUUUCUUUUAACAGCUGCCCCUUCCUUGCCAGUCACCUGACCCUGGCCAUCCCCAUCAUUGCAGCUGUCCUCUUCUUCUUUGUCAUCAGCUGCCUGCUCCAGACAAGCUUCAGAGACCCAGGUAUCCUGCCCAGAGCCACUCCAAGUGAGGCCGCAGACCUGGAAAAGCGGAUCGACAGCAUGGGUACCUCUACCUAUCGCCCGCCGGCCCGCACGAUGGAAGUGGUCAUAAACAAGUAUGUGGUGAAACUCAAGUACUGCUACACCUGCAAAAUGUUCCGCCCUCCACGCACCUCUCACUGCAGUGUCUGCGACAACUGUGUCGAGAGGUUUGAUCACCACUGCCCCUGGGUGGGCAACUGCGUGGGGAAGCGCAACUAUCGCUACUUCUAUGCCUUCAUCCUCUCCCUCUCCUUCCUGACAGCCUUCAUCUUCGCUUGCGUCGUCACCCAUCUCACUCUGCGCUCUCAGAGAGAUGGAUUCCUCACCACUCUGAAGACGACGCCUGCAAGUGUGCUGGAACUGGUGAUUUGUUUUUUCUCAGUCUGGUCUAUUUUGGGCCUCUCAGGUUUUCAUACUUAUUUAGUCGCCUCCAACCUGACGACAAACGAAGAUAUCAAAGGGUCCUGGUCAAAUAAGAGGGGCUCAGAGUUUGCCAAUCCCUACAGCCAUAAAAGUAUCCUCACAAACUGCUGUGCGGUGCUGUGUGGACCAUUCCAUCCCAGCUUGAUAGACAGAAGAGGAUUUAUCCAGCCAGAAGUUGGGACCCCGUCCAGUCCUAAGAGUGAAAUCCCUUCCUUUGGAGCCAAAACUGACACCAGCAUGGUAGGAGGCAUUCCCUAGCAGUGCUGUGAUGUAGCCCAGUGCCUGCUGAGCCUGCACCUCCCUCCAGCCAGUACCUUCCUCUCUUACCAUCUCCCUGGCCUCAGGCGGGACAGCCCUGUGAUGCAGAGCUGCCAAAGACUCAGUCGAGCCAUGUGUUGCCUUUUUUUUUUUUUUAAAUUUAUUUAUUAUUUUUUGUUUAU